AUGAUAGAAAAAAAUCCGUGUGAGGAGGAGAUAAAAAGGGAGACUAGAAAAUCGGUUUUGGUGCACAUAGUUAAUACGGAAAACCAGUUUAAAGCCAGUCAUUAUUUUUCUUCCUACGACAAACUCAUUCGAUUUUUAGCAUGGAUGCAUAGACUCUUUACAAACUGUAGGAAGAAGAUCGAAAAUAGGAAAGCAUUGAAAGGUGAUAAUCACGAAAUACCGACUUAUUUAUCGGAGACCGAACGGAAAAAUCUAAGGUUAACUCACGCAGAAAGGAAGACGGCUGAAAUAAAUCUAUUUAAACAGCUACAAGUUCGCAUGUUUGGUUCAAUAUCUAAGACUAGAUUAUCAGCUUUCAAAACAAUGAAGGAUGAGAAUGGUUUGUACGUCCUAAAGACUAAGAUCUUCAAUCGAACAGACAAUUACAGUUUUUUGUGUCCUAUCCUUUUGUAUGACGACAACGACAUCAUUCCUAUGUUGAUUCAAGAAUAUCAUGAGAUCAUGGGCCAUGCGGGAACACAAAUAAUUACGGCGAAAAUACGAGAAAGAUUCUGGGUUAUCUCCCUUCGUAAAGUAACAAGAUCAGUUAUAAAUAACUGCGUGACAUGUAAAAGACAGAAG